AUGAGACAACCCCGUUGGACGCGACAUAUCCUGAAGGACAUUGACCCGUUUGUUUGUCUCUUCGAAGAAUGCAAAGAGAGCCUCACACUCUUCAAGACAGUGGAGGAUUGGCUUGGUCAUAUGCGAUGGCAACACACAAUCGUCUACUCUUGCCAAGCUGUUGGCCAUGAGCGAGAGGCUUUUGGCUCAUCCCAAGACCUCGAGGAUCACAUACGGAGGGAGCAUCCUGGUGCUUUCACAGAGUCCCAACUACCUGGCCUUGUCAAACAGGGCGCUGUACCAACCUCGAACACUAUCGGCGCCCUCAAUUUCUCACUUUCCUUGAACGAUUCUCAGUGUCUUCUUUGUCACACUUUUGAUCCCAAACCAGUGGAUGCGGAGACAAUGGAAGAUGCAGCACCUGCAAGUACUCCCGAGCAGAUAAUGCAGAGCCAUAUUCUCGAACACCUCGAGGCUAUUGCCUUACUAGCACUCCCUGGCAGCGAUAAUCUAGAUGGAGUGGACUCGGACGCCCGGCAGUCAAGCCCUGGUUCCGAUGCAGAGAAGGAAAAUGAAGCCGAAGAUCUCCCCUCGGCAGUAUUCAAGGACACAGUUACUGAAAGGCCUGUGGAUGAGAGUGUGCCAGAUCAGAAUGGACAUGGCGAUUGUUGGGCCGCUGUAUUCCAAGAAGUCAAGCAGUCACGCCUUCUCGAGCCGCACGGCGAUCCUAUCCUUAUCGAACUAGGAGAAGCAAGACAGAAGAAUAAGAAUAAAGAAGUCGUCGUUGAGGACGUAGGGGCAACAGAAGAGACGAGCCUCGACGAGGACGCGAGUCUGGACACAGAGGCGAAUCUGGACAAGAAAUUGGGAAUCAAAGUUGUUUUCCACCCGAGGCAUGAGCAACAUAUUGAUCUUGACAUCCUAGCCGUGCAUGGAAUUGGGGCCGAUCCUGAGACCACUUGGACAUACGUCGAUCGUGACCCUCAGGACAAGUCCAAGGUGACCAAGGUGACAUGCUACCACUCAUUCUGGCUUGGUAAUGGCCCGGUCAGGUUUGGUCAUGCCGCCGCCAGGAACAGACUCGAUGGAAUUGCAGCCGCGGCCCUAGAGGAGCUGGGGCGAUUUCGGAAGCAUACCAAGGACUGUAACCAACGCCCUAUACUACUUAUUUGCCAUUGCUACGGGGGUAUCGUUAUGCAGCAGGCGUAUCUAACAUCUAAGCGGCAUGCCAGUGCUUAUCCCGGGAUCUACGACGCAAUCACUGGCAUUAUCUUCCUGGGCACUCCCUUUCAAGGGAGUAAUAUUGCUCAUAUCUCAACGCUGCGCGAAAACUAUCGGGUGAUCUCACAGCAGAACUUGCAGUUCAAGGACGAUCUUCUGCAGACUUUAGAACGUGGCAACGAGAUCCUCGUUGACACUGUUGCUGACUUUACUAGAGAAGUAAAGCUGCGCACCGCGCCUCCGGAGAUAUUCUGUUUCUACGAGCGACGUCCGACCAAUAUGGCUCUUAUACUAGGCCUGAAAGACAUCACAAAGGAGUUUGUGGCGGACGAGUCUUCUAGUACGUUACCUGGCUAUGAGAGAAGGGGCCUAGCACUUGAUCAUUUCAGCAUGAACAAGUUCUACAACAACGAGGACUACCACUACAUUUCAGUGGUCGAUGAGCUGGUCAAGAUGGCAGGCAAGACCAGAGAUAUCAUGCGGAAGAGAGGAAAAGCAUCGAACAAGGAGUCUCGCCAUACGACUCAACAGUCCCACUCGGCAACGCAUAGAUCAAUCCCGAUGCUUCCUUUCCCCGUUGCGAAAGGGUUUGCGGGGAGGGAUGGAAUAUUGGAGAAGAUCAAGGCCAAGUUCGACUAUUCAUUGUGGGUCGCUCUCGCGGGUCCAUGUGGCUCCGGCAAGACACAUGUAGCAGUAGAGUACGCAGAUGGCUUUCUCAAAGAGAACCCGGAAGCCAAGAUCUUCUAUGUAUACGCAAGCAACGCAGCAGAGUUUCAACUGUCUUUCGACGCGAUCAAAGACAAAAUGAAGCUUGGGCAGGGAAAGAAAGGAGAUACCAUGGGAGCCGUAAGAGACUUUCUGAAUAAGGGCGAGAGCGGCCAGUGGCUCAUGAUAAUCGAUGGCUUGAACCUGGCCGGGGCGACCAACGACGCAGACCAGCCGAAGGAAAGCGAAUCCACCAAGGAUUACGGUUCGUUGCAGUCGCUCCUUAACUACAUUCCCGAUGGACAUGCGUACGGCGGGAAUGUACUUGUCACCAUGAGAUCAAAGAGCAUGGCUACACGCCUCAUCAACCGCAAGUAUGUUGUUGAUCUCCCUGCCAAGUUAAGUGAAGAUGACGUUACAAGUCUUCUUUGCGGAGAUAACGCCAAGGACUCCGCUUCUAGGCCUUAUCAAAUGAAGAUUGCGGACCUCCUUCAAGGCUCAGCAGGGGCACUGGCACUUGUGCGGGCAUAUAUGGAGACAUCGGGCAACGACGUCUCCUGGGAAGAUUUAUGGAAACGCGUACAGGCUUCAAGCAGCGAGACAAACAGCCCUGAGCACUCAUCCCAGACGGAGGAGCAAGUCAAAGCCACGGCCGGGAUCUGGGAACCUCUCUACAGUCAACUAGGGGCCACGCAUGAGGAGGCAGCAUGUCUACUUCAUAUUCUCAGCCUUCUGGAUGUCCAGAGCAUACCGAUGUUUCUCAUAGAGGGAUAUUUUGACAACAAGUCACAACAGGCCGAGCAGGUCAAGGCACUGGCGGACUACGGCAUGCUUCAGCUCUCGGUCAACCGAAAGGAUGCGUGCAUAAUACCCCUGGUGCGGCUCUCGGCCAACGCGAUGCUGGACAGCAACAGGCUUGAUGACGUGAACUUCUUCAGGGAGGCUGCGCUGUCGCUGGUCGUGACUGAAUACCCCUCGACUGACGAAAUGGACAACAUUAAGUGCAAAGUUCUUGGGCCAUGUGCAAUGGCAGCAUUGCGGCUGUGCUCAGGCUCGGCCGAGUUGCGCUAUAAAAGAGCCCAACUCCUACUCAAGGUUGCAGCAUUCGAGAAGCGCGUUGGGAGGUACGAUGCCGCCGUGGAGUUCCUCGUGCAGUGCCUGGAUCUGUGCAAGUCGAAGAUGAACGUGCCCCUCCUGGCACGAAAGAAACUCCAGAAGGAGGCCGAGAAGCUUCUGGACGAGGCACAAAAAGAGGAUCAACAACUCUGGGGGACUGAUUCAGACUCAGAUAAUGACGGAAGCGAUGUUGACAAUGCUACAGAACACGAGUUCACUGAAAACGGGUCUGGCGUAGAGCGAGACAACGACAACGAUGAUGUGGAAAUCCAGGUGUCACACGAGGACCUUUCCAAUGAGACAGCAGAGGAUAUAGUUGAGCAGGAUCCUUCAGACCUGUCAGGGGAUGAUUAG